AUGAUCCAGGCAAUCACAGUCAUGGCUGGCUACACCGAGAAUGGGAUGCUAUUAGUCGCCUUAGCAUUGAGAUUUGCCAUGCAACUACGGCUGGAAGACACUGUUGAGCAGCUAAUGGUCAAGCUCUCAACACGGUCGGCUCCAAUAAGCGAAGAGGAAAACUAUCUUUACAGACUUGCAAGAGUAUGGCACGGUGUGUGCAACUUGGAACUCUUCUUCUCUCUAGACGGAGGCAAGAUGCCAGCAACGGUCCUCCGCACCACAUCGCGGCGAAUCCGGGCCUUGGUCAACCACCCCUCAAGAACUUCGCCCGACAUUCGUCUCCUCUCGCAACUAGAACUCAACAUUCUGCGCUCCAAUGCGUACGUGAACAUUGCGCGCCACUCUCAAGAUCUAGAUGAAUCGUCUUUACGCUCCACCGUCCGAGAUACCGCCAUUGAGCUCUCACUAUGGCUCGAGGAAUGGAGUACCAUCAUCUGCUCCGACACCGCUGCCCCAGAUCGCCCACGCGCCAUGACCAACCUCCAUAUUCAGUACGAAUGGGCACUCAUCACACUAUAUCUGAAAGCACUAUCCAUUUUCGGGGACCUACUCAUGACGGAUUUCCAACGCGAGAUGGUGCGCUCCGCAAAAGAGGCCGCAGUAAGACAUCUCCAGCACCUCCUCGAAACCCCAACAACACCGUCAUCGCCCAACUCGUUGUCACCCAGCCAACCCCCCUCGCCCACAUACCUAUCGACGUUCAAGUGGGCUAUCGACUUUGUAUGGGCAAAAUGUGCUUUCUCUGUCCUCCUCGUGCUCAAAUUAUCAUUACUUCUUCGCGAUCCACUACCCUCCAUCAUUCUGCUUCUACGGGACGCACACCAGGUCCUGGAAGAGCUACACAAGAUCACCGUUGGACACAUUGCAUAUUUCCAGAUCCUCCAGACGAGCGUGGAGAAAUGCGAAGGUGCCUUGAAGGAGCAUAUGGCAAGGCUGGAGCAGGCCAGCGGAGUGGAAGGAGUAGAGAUCGGCGGCAGAGGAGACGCAGAAGAUGAUUUCCAGGAGUAUGCACCAAGCGAAUUUGUCUUCGAGUGGGACUUUCCGGGGCUGAACCUAAGGCAUGUGCCGCUUGGGUGGCAAGAUUUGUUUGUCGAUUUGGACUCGGUGCUGUGA